AUGUCCAAGGUUGUGGGGAAAAAGCGCCCUCUAACAACCGAUGAGAAGGCAGCAGAAGCAGCGAAACGACAAAUAAAGAGCGCUGAGGAAGUGCUCCAGCAUGUGAAAAAGCUCACCAAGCUCAUAGAGCGUGAGCCUCGGAUUGCAAAGAGUUUGGCUGCCCUUGAUCUACCACAAGCCUGCAGAGAAGUCGUGGACAAAGGUGCCUCUGCUGUCUUGGAUGAGAUUGAGGCAGCCAUCUACAUGGUGGCCUCAUCCAUCUUGCGGGGAGAGGGCUUCUCGUAUGACAUACCGUCACGGGCAAAGGGGAAUCAGCUCUAUGUUCCGGAGCUGGACCGCAUAGUGCUGAAGGACAGCACGUCACAGCGCCCUUUUGCCAGCACGGCCACCUGCCGCAAGGCCGUCUUCACAACGCGCGUGCUGGGGCUCGUGCAUGAGCUGUGCAUGAAGCAGAUCCACGUCACCAAGCGUGACCUGUUCUACACAGAUGUCAAGCUGUUCGAGGACCAAGGCAACUCUGACGCGAUACUGGAUGAUGUGGCAUGCUUCCUUGGGUGCACAAGGUCCAGCCUGCAUGUGGUUGCCUCCGAGAAAGGUGUUGUGGUGGGACGCCUAACAUACAGGGAGGAUGGUGAUCUGAUCGACUGUCAGCGGAUGGGCGUGGGUGGCAAAGCCAUUCCGCCCAAUGUGGACAAGGUGACCGACAUCCAGAGCGAUGCGCUCUUCAUACUCCUGGUGGAGAAGGAUGCAGCAUUCAUGCGCCUGGCAGAAGAUCGAUUCUACAAUACCUACCCUUGCAUCAUCUUGACCGCAAAGGGCCAGCCAGAUGUCGCUUCAAGGCUCUUUUUGAGGAAGCUCAGAGACACAUUGCGCAUUCCUGUGCUGGCGCUUGUCGACUCUGACCCUUACGGCUUGAAGAUCCUGUCAGUGUACAUGAAGGGGAGCAUGAACAUGUCGUAUGACAGCUCCAAUCUGACCACCCCUGACAUCAAGUGGCUUGGAGUGCGCCCAUCAGAUCUGGAUCGCUUCAAUAUCCCGCAGCAGUGCCGCCUGCCUAUGACAGAUGAAGAUAUCAGGACCGGCAAGAGACUGCUUGAGGAGGACUUCAUUCAGGCGAAUGCUGAGUGGGUGAAAGAGCUGGAAAUCAUGAUUGCCAGUAAAGUCAAGGCAGAAAUCCAGGCUCUGUCCUCCUUUGGAUUUCAGUAUCUGUCACAAGUCUACCUGCCGCUCAAGUUGCAAGAAGGGGACUGGAUCUGA